AUGUCCAAGCUUGUGAUUGUCGGUCUUCUGUGGCUGCUUGCGUCGAGUGCGGCGCAGACGUGCCCGUAUGCGUCGCUCAAGAAGCCGUCGAUCAUUGCCGCCGACGCCAACUGCCCCAGCUCGAGCGUGUGUCGUCUCGACCCUGCUACAUGCGCGGUUAUCUCUGUCAGCAAGGAGCAGUGGUUCUCCAACGUCGACGCCAUCGGCGAUAUGACCAACUUCAACGGCACCGAAUUGAAUAUCGGCGGCUCAACGAGCAUGGACCUGACCAAAAUGGUUUUGCGGCAAACUGUGACCAUUGUGAUCAUCCAGCACGUAAAGGCAGUCGACAUCAGCAAGGUGAGCAACCCGACGCCUGCCACCUGGUACUUCAACAACGUGUCCACGGUCACGUGGCCGAGUACAUGGCCGCCAAGUGCCAUGACGACGCUUGUCUGCCAUCUGUGCAAUCUCAAGACGAUUCCCGCGGCGCUGCCGCAGAGUGUUCACCACAUGUCUUUCCAGAACAACAGCAUCGAGGAUCUGAGCAGCGUCCCCGACAAAGUCACCUAUCUCGACGUGAGCCUCAACCCGGUCACGACGCUCGCCAAUCGCAACUUUUCCAGUGCUCUCUUCUAUUUGGAUCUUGGUAGCACCCCGAUCCAGUCCAUUUCGCGUGUCGCCAUUGGCGAUAGCAUCAACCUCUUUGGGUGCUACGGCUGCAAGGACCUGAAGAACGUCACCAUCACGCAAGCGACGUUCAAUGUCCUUGACAAAAUGGAGGCCUAUUCGCCCAAGUUGAGCACUUCGACGCCAAGAUUCUCCAUCUCGACUUCCGUGCAAACGGACGCGGCGACAUGCGCGGCCAUUGGCGGCACCAUCCAACAGCUCUGGAAGUCCAAGACCACCUUGGUUUGGCAGGUUUGCGUCGUACCUGAGAUCGUCGUUAGUACGCCGACAGACUCGAGCUCCUCCAACACGGGUCUUAUCGCUGGCAUUGCGGUCGGUGUCGUCGUUCUCGUCGUAGUCGUCGGGGUUUUGUGCUACCGCCGUCGCCAGAAGGAGGCCAAACGUUUGCGUUACAACGGCACGUCAGAGGACGCCACGAACUACUUUCCCGUGCUUGCAACGCCUGCUGUGUCGACGGGCACCGCUCCCGGGCUUUCGAGUACGCGGGACCUGAGCUCGAAGCGCGGCAGUAUCGACGACAGCGACGACGUCUUCAACAUGGCUCACUUGCGCAAGUACAAGCUCGAACAUUCCGACUUGCGGGUGGUUGGCUCCAAGCCCAUGGCGUCGGGGGCGUAUGGCGACGUGUGGCGCGGCCGCUACUGCGACGACGACGUCGCGAUCAAGCGCAUCAAGCACGAGUCCACCAAGCACAUUCAAAGGUUUAUUGAGGAAAUCGUGCUCCACUCCAAAAUGCGCUGCGACUACAUUGUCGAGUUUGUUGGUGCGUCGUGGCGCCGGCCCACGGACCUUGCGUGCGUCGUCGAGUACAUGGACCUCGGGGACCUCCGGUCGUUCUUGUCCAGGACGACGCCGGAGCAGUUUACGUGGGCGCAGAAGAAGCUGAGCAUCACCAGCAUCAUCCACGGCCUCAUCUACCUGCACACGUUCGAGACGCCCAUCAUCCACCGCGACCUCAAGUCCCGCAACGUGCUCUUGGACUCGAAGAAGGGCACCAAGCUCACGGACUUCGGCGAGUCGCGCGAGAUGGACGACAACACGCUGACGAACGGCAUCGGCACGUACCAGUGGAUGGCGCCCGAAGUCAUCCUCGGGAAGGAGUACACGGUCGCUGCCGACGUCUACUCGUUUGGGGUGCUCCUCACCGAGUUUUCAACGCACUUGACGCCGUACUCGGACAUGAUCAACCCGCACACGCAUCUGCCGUACAACCAGCAGUACCUCCUCACGCAGGUCACGUCCGGGACGAUCAAGCCCACGAUCGACGCGUCGCACACGCCGUCGUGGGUUGCGGACAUUGCGCGCCAGUGCUUGGCCACGAACCCUGACGACCGUCCAGGCAUGAUGAUGGUGGACACCAUCAUUCGUCGGCUUGCGUCCUAA